CUUCUGCAGGACUAAAUGAACGUGUUUCAUUGACGAGUUUCAUAGCUUGUUUGUAGGUAAUGGCGAACAGAACAGUUAAAGAUGCGAACAGUAUACACGGGACUAACCCACAAUACCUGGUGGAGAAAAUUAUACGAACCAGAAUCUACGAGUGUAAAUACUGGAAAGAAGAAUGCUUCGGUCUUACAGCCGAGCUUGUGGUGGACAAAGCCAUGGAGCUCAAGUACAUCGGAGGAGUGUAUGGAGGCAACAUCAAGCCCACACCUUUCUUAUGUCUGACCCUGAAGAUGCUCCAGAUUCAGCCUGAAAAAGACAUCAUUGUAGAGUUCAUCAAGAAUGAAGAUUUUAAGUAUGUGCGCCUGCUUGGAGCCACGUACAUGCGCCUGACGGGCACUUCGGUGGAUUGCUAUAAGUAUUUGGAACCGCUGUAUAACGACUACAGAAAAAUCAAAAGUCAGAAUCGCAAUGGAGAGUUUGAAGUGGUCCAUGUGGAUGAAUUCAUAGACGAGCUGCUUCAUGCGGAGCGUGUGUGUGACGUUAUUCUCCCGAGGCUUCAGAAGAGGCUAGUUCUAGAGGAGGCUGAGCUGCUGGAUCCACGUAUCAGCGCCCUCGAGGAAGACCUGGAUGAGGUGGAGUCCAGUGAAGAAGAGGACGAAGAGGAGGAGAAGCUGGAGCGGCCACCAGCUCCGGAACCACACAGACGUUACAGAGAUUUGGAUCGGCCUCGCAGGUCUCCCUCUCCUCGCUACAGACGGUCACCCAGACGGCGAAGCAGAUCACCGAAGAGACGGAGUCCGUCUCCCAGACGUGAGCGAGACCGUGAGCGCGAGCGCGACCGUGAGCGUAAUCGCCAACGUAGUAAGAGUCCCCGCAGACACCGCAGCAGAUCCAGAGAGAGAAGGCAUCGAUCCAAAUCCCCAGGUCACCACAGAAGCCACAGGCAUCGAAGCCACUCCAAAUCACCAGAAAGUCGGUCAAAGAAGAGUCACAAAAGGGAGUCAAAGAGGAAAUGAUUUUUUUAAAUGUUUUUUUGUUCCUUGCUUUUAUUAGUAAUGUAAAAACUGUACAUCAUGAUGAUAAAUUUCACACACCAGGUUAAGUCCACGAAUGUUUUGAUGCUGUCUGACGUUUUAUACUUUUUAUUUUAAGUGAAAAUAUUUCCUAACAUUCAGUUUUUGUAAAAGUAUAUUUCAGCAGCUUAAGAUCAGCUUGUUUUCCCACCUGUCAGUUAUGAAACGACUUAAAUAAAAUGUUGUUGAAAUGUU